CCGUUCGAUCGUUACUGUCGGUUAGUUGUUUGCGCACUUUCAAGCCAAUCGGUUGGCUUUGCUCGGUUCCUUCCACAAAACUUUACGGAUUACGAUACAAUCACUUGGCUGCUGUUGAACUCAAAGAGAAUCCACUUGAGCCAUGGCAAAAGUGCCGAUCACGCUGAUGAUCAUUGCGCUUGUUUCGGCAUCUCCAGACCUGGGCUGCGACUUUGCCCAUCACAGCUGCCGCAUCGAUGUCACCGCGGAAAACAGUCCCCAGCAACGCCACAUUCCCGCCGAUAUGGACAUCACGCUGCAGUGCAUCCGACCCACGGCCAAAUGGUUCUAUCAGGAUAAGUUUCAGUCCAGGGCCACUGUCUUGCAACUGGAACGAGCUCAAUCCUGGAAGUCGGGGAACUACGGCUGCUUGGAUGGCCAAAACAGAUGGUUCAAUGUCUCCCUGAUAAUUGGCUACAAGGAGGCAGGAGGCAAUGAUAUAGCCAGCUUUGCCAAUGUGGAUACUGCCCAGAGGAUACCCCAGUCUGAUCUCUUCUUUCAGCCACUGAAUGCGAAUGCCUCGCUGAGAUUGCUGCAACCACUUCCUGAGUUCGUGCAACGCACUGCUGGCGGUCUCUUCCAGCUGAGCUGUACUCCCAAGGAUCCGGAGGCAACAGGAGUGAAUAUAUCCUGGCUGCACAAUGACAAGCAAAUUUUGGGUGGACGCGGCAGAAUCAAGAUCAAAAAGUGGUCUCUGACCGUGGGGCAACUACAGCCUGAUGAUGCGGGAAGCUAUCGCUGUGAGUUGUGUGUGGAGCAGGAAUGCCAGAGGAGUAAUCCCACCCUUCUUGAGGUGGUCAGCCAAAGUCACAGAGCUCCAGUUUUGAUGCCUGGAUAUCCACAAAACGCCAGCGUUGCUCUUGGGGAAAAUGUGAGCUUCCAGUGUCGCCUGGAGGAUUCCCCGCUAGAGCCAAAGAUAACGUGGUUCCAUCCGGUGAGCGGUGUUAAUAUCGAAGAGGUACUGCAGCUACUGAAGCAGCAAUCCCAGGUCCCCAAGGACUUUAUGCCCAUGUUAACGCAAAAGGAUGAGCCACAGGUGCUUCGUCUGGGGAAUGUUUUGAUGGAGGAUUCUGGCUGGUACAUCUGCAUAGCUGAGAAUCAAAUAGGACGCACUGUUGGCGCCGCCUACCUCGAACUUUACAGUCCUGAAGACACCACAACAGCUCGUGUCUACACCAGCAGCACAGUGGGUACACCCACACCACCUGCACUCGUUCCUGAAGACACCGACGACGAGGCGGACAAUGCAGCCGAGGAAGCAGCUGCCGGCAAGGGUCCUCCAGUAUUCAAAAAGGAUUUAAAACGACUUCAGCACACAGUGGCUGGUAACACUAUGACCCUGGCUUGUCCCGUUGACGGCAAGGCGAAUAUCACUUGGACCAAGGAUAAAAAUCCCUUGAAUCGCGGACUUGGCGUUUAUUUAAAGAAGAACUUUUUCCUGCGCUUUGUGGAGGCCACCAGUGCAGAUUCGGGAAAAUAUACUUGUGAAGUUUGCAACUCCUUCGGUUGCAUUUCCUUCGAUUUCGACGUUUUGGUCAAUGAGCGCACUCGAUCCUCGCCCAUCAUCGUGGUGCCGCAGAACCAAACGGUGAUGGUGAACGGAAGCCUGGACAUCAAGUGCAGCGUCCUCUCCGAUCUGCAUCCCACUGCAAGAUGGGAACGAGCUGUUCUAAGAAAUGACUCCCUGGGAGGCUCUAGGCGAGUGGAGUUUGCCCGUCUCAACUUUACUGUGACCAACAACUCCGUGGUUUUGGAGCUACGCAAUGUGACCCACGAGCAGGAAGGCUGGUACACCUGUGUGGCCAUGAACACGCUGGGUAGCAGCAACUCCAGUGUCUACCUGAGGGUUAGGAAUCCUCUGCCGCCCUUGGAGAUCUACGCCCUGCUGCAUGCCAAUCCUCUGGGUUUUACCCUGGCUGCCAUUAUUGUGGUGGCUCUGUUUCUCCUGGGCAGUGCCUUUAUAACCAUCAUGCUCCGCCGAAUGAGGAGGGAGAAGCUCUUGAAGCUACGCAUCGAAACAGUUCAUCAGUGGACCAAGAAGGUGAUCAUCUACCGCCCGGCCGGGGAAGAAGGCAGCACCUGUAACUCCGGCGACCUGCAGAUGCCAGUCAUAAAAAUCGAAAAGCAACGCACCACCGUCUCAACAACGGGUUCGGGAGGAGCUGAUCCCGCCCAGGCCUUCAACGAGUACGAGUUCCCCCUGGACUCCAACUGGGAGAUACCCAGGCAGCAACUCAGCUUGGGCUCAAUCUUGGGCGAGGGAGCCUUUGGGCGUGUGGUCAUGGCAGAGGCAGAGGGACUGCCCCGAAGUCCCCAGCUUGCCGAGACCAUUGUGGCUGUUAAAAUGGUCAAGGAUGAACACACGGACACGGACAUGGCCAGCUUGGUGCGGGAGAUGGAGGUGAUGAAGAUGAUUGGCAAGCACAUCAAUAUCAUAAACCUGCUGGGCUGCUGCAGUCAGGGUGGUCCGCUGUGGGUGAUAGUGGAGUAUGCGCCCCAUGGCAACCUCAAGGAUUUCCUCAAACAGAAUCGACCGGGAGCUCCGCAAAGGCGGAGUGACAGCGAUGGCUACUUGGAUGACAAGCCGCUGUUACCAGCACAAGAGCUGGGCGAGAAGGAGCUUACGAAAUUUGCCUUUCAAAUUGCUCGAGGAAUGGAGUAUCUGGCUUCACGAAGGUGCAUCCAUCGCGACUUGGCCGCACGCAAUGUGCUCGUCAGCGAUGGCUAUGUGAUGAAAAUCGCUGACUUUGGCCUGGCUAGGGAUAUCCAGGAUACGGAGUACUACCGUAAAAACACCAACGGCCGGCUGCCCAUCAAAUGGAUGGCUCCAGAGUCCCUGCAGGAGAAGAAAUACGACUCGCAAAGCGACGUUUGGAGCUAUGGGGUGCUGCUUUGGGAGAUCAUGACUUACGGAGAACAGCCAUAUCCUCAAAUUCUGUCCGCCGAAGAGCUCUACAGCUACCUGAUCACGGGUCAGCGCAUGGAGAAGCCGCCCAAGUGUUCCCUCAACAUUUAUGUGGUGAUGCGUCAGUGCUGGCACUUUGAACCCUGUGCACGGCCCACAUUCACAGAGCUGGUGGAGAGCUUCGACGGGAUUCUGCAGCAGGCGAGCAGCAACCCGAACGAUGCCUAUCUGGAUCUCUCGAUGCCCAUGCUGGAGACACCGCCCUCAUCGGGGGAUGAGGAUGACGGCUCCUACAGCGAGACAUUCCGAGAAACCUCUCCGCUUAGAUACCAUUAUACCUAUAAGUUUAAUUAGUCCCUAGAUCUAGGCAACCAAGAACUUCCAACGAGUCUAAGCAAUCCCAUCGAAAAAUCGCUAAGCUUUAAUAUUUCAUUCAUUUUUUACCAACCCAGAAAU